AUGCACGACACACAAAAAGCUCUGGCAGCCACCUGGGCAGCCUGUGACGAUCCUGAACUCAGCGAUCGGCUACAUCCAAACCAUCCACGCUUCGACAUCCGAGCCUUGAACAACUCGAUAGGAUGGGAGGGCGAAAUGGAGCGCAUUGUCGCUGAGGAACAGGCGACCACAGGAAGGCAACGCAUAAUUUCCCUCCAAGAUAUGCCGCCGCCAGGAUCGCCCACCAACAUAUCCUCCAACGACAACGAUGAGCCAUAG